ACGGAGCUGUUACCUAGUUACAGCAGAGCCUGUGACGAGCUGCUGCUGCAGAGCUGGUGACUGUCGGUUCUUAGGAACACACAGAGCAGAAGUCCCCGACGAACAGCCGCUGAGGAGCGGGCAGGAGAGGAGCGUGUCACCGCGGAGGAUGAAGAAGAGAAGCACGUCCUGGUCCUGACAGGGAGAGAAGAGACGGAGAGUGAGCAGCUCACCUGUAAAAUCCUGAAACCAGAGGCGAAGAAGGGGCUCUGGGUAAAAAGUCUCUGCACCGUCGGAACAGAUGGGUGGGAGCUAAGACGGCAGAAGGACGGAGCAAGAGGAAGAGCACAUUCAUGGGUGACGCCUCGCUUCUCGGGCUAGAGAUGACGGAUGGGAUGUGGGGGAACGACAGCUUCGCCGGCCCCUCGCCUGGACUCCCCCUGCUUUUGCUCAUGUUCAAUGACAGCGAUCUGAACCAGACACUGUACAACUUCAACUCCUCCAACUGUACCAACAUCACCGACCCAGAUGUCUCCUCAGGUCCCAGCGUGGCAGGGGUCCUCAUCCCAGUCAUAUACAUCAUUGUGUGCAUCAUUGGCCUGGGUGGAAACACUAUAGUGAUUCACAUAGUGCUGCAUUACUCAAAGAUAGAGUCUGUCACCAACAUCUACAUCCUGAACUUAGCCAUAGCUGACGAGCUCUUCAUGCUCAGCCUGCCUUUCCUGGCCGUUCAGAACACCAUGCAGUCGUGGCCCUUUGGCUUCUUCAUGUGCCGCCUGGUCAUGACCGUCGACUCCAUCAACCAGUUCACCAGCAUCUUCUGCCUGACCGUAAUGAGCAUCGACCGCUACCUUGCUGUAGUUCACCCCAUUGUGUCUUCAAAGUGGCGGCGACCUCGAGUGGCGAAAUUGGUGAAUGGCACAGUGUGGGCGUUGUCCUUUCUCGUUGUUCUGCCUGUGGUCAUCUUUGCCAACAUCCAGAAGGCAGGAGGCACCUGUAACAUCUCCUGGCCUCAACCGACUAACAUCUGGAGCGCGGCUUUCAUCAUCUAUACCUCCACUGUUGGAUUCUUCUGUCCUCUUCUUAUCAUCUGCAUCUGUUACCUGCUCAUUGUUUUCAAGAUACGCAGCUCGGGUAAAAAAGUCCACGCCACCUCCGUCAAGCGCAGAAAGUCGGAGCGGAAAGUGACACGCAUGGUUGUGAUUGUUGUUGCAGUGUUUGUCUUCUGCUGGUUGCCUUUCUACGUCCUCAACAUCAUUAACCUGCUAGUGUCCCUUCCCUCAGACUACCAGGGCCUUUACUAUUUUGUCGUAUUGCUCAGUUAUGCUAACAGCUGUGCCAACCCCAUCGUGUACGGCUUCUUGUCAGACAACUUCAAGAGGGGUUUCCGAAAGGCGCUCUGCCGCUCCACAAGGAAGGUGGAGAACCACGAGCCCAUGGAGCGCCAGCAGCAGCAGGAGGAAGGGAGGAGGGCACUCAUGCCCAGGGAGAGCCUGAGACGGGCAAUCGGGGACGAAGAGGAGGACGAUGAGGAAGACGUCUCUGAAAUGACUGAGAUCUACAGAAUCGGCCAGAAUGGAAACAGCAGCUUCCAGCCACAGAGCUCGAGGCCACUGCUCUCAGAGACGACUCCAGGAGCGACAGAGCUGCCGUCCCCGGACAAGAAGGACAAAGCUGGUGACGCAAAAGGGAAAGAUCCAGUCAACGGGUCCACACUUGCUGCUCCAUCGCUUCUCAAUGGAGCCAAAAAUGGAAACAUCAAAUUUCUGCCAGAGGAAAACUUGGAACAGAGCACCUCACUGGAGAUAAGUUAUUUAUAGUGUAAAAUAUGGACUCUGAGCUUGUGUUACUUGAAAUAUUACUUGAAGUAUUAUAGGGCAGGGCGGACUGCCUCUAAUCCACAAGAAAUACCAGACAAGGUUAAGAAGCGCUUCUUUUUGAUCACUGAGCUCAGAAAGAAUGUAUGACAGUUUAUAAUGUGUACUUUCUGUAUAACGUGUAUAAAUGCAUGGCUGAAUGUACAAGUUUGUACCUUUAUUUACUGUUAUUACAUUGUAUUCUAAAUCUUUUUGUUCCAUAAUGUGACAAACAUUUCCUACAACUUUCAGCUUAACUCACUGCAACAUGUUAAACUUUAGUUAAAAAGUAUAUUGACAACAUGGCUAUACCUUUAUUUUAGACAGACAUCUCCUGCCUGCAACACCUGUUUUCUAGAAAUGAUGUUUAUAUAUUACUAACUAGUUCUGUUAGGUUUCAAGUGUCAGGCUCAAACCCUGAGUGUGUGGUUUGCAACAAAAGCACUUUGGUUAGUGUUGGUGAAAGAUUAGAGCUACACUUAAAUAUUAAUAAACACGUCUUGUCUUAUGCUUCUAA